AUCAGGAAACUUUAAAAAAAAAUGGCCAAAGCAGUACAGGAAAACCAGUCUCCUCCACCUCAAACCUUUAACUUACUGCCGAAGAUCAUCAACGGCGGCAUAGCAGGCAUAGUAGGGGUCUCAGUGGUCUUCCCGUUGGACCUGGUCAAAACUCGUCUGCAAAACCAAACCAUCGGCCCCAAUGGCGAGAAGCAAUACAAAAGCAUGUUGGAUUGUUUCCGGAAAACAAUGGCGGCGGAAGGAUACUUCGGCAUGUAUCGCGGAUCGGCUGUUAACAUCUUGCUCAUCACGCCGGAGAAGGCUAUUAAGUUGGCUGCCAAUGACAUGUUCCGCUACUACCUCACGCACCCUGAUGGGUCCCUUCCAGCGGUUCGGCAGAUGAUAGCCGGCGGGUCAGCAGGGGCGUGCCAAAUCGUCAUCACCACGCCGAUGGAGCUCCUAAAGAUCCAGAUGCAGGACGCCGGAAGGGUCGCUGCGCAAGCUAAAGCUGAGGGCAGAGAAAUCAAGCGCGUGACGGCUAUGCAGCUGACACGCAAGCUUCUCGCCGAGCGCGGCAUCCUCGGGUUGUACAAAGGCAUCGGCGCCACAGCCGCUCGCGACAUCUCCUUUUCUGUUAUCUACUUCCCAACAUUCGCUACCGUCAACGAGCUCGGCCCAAGGGACAAAAAUGGCGGGAUACCAUUCUGGUGGUCAUUCCUGUCUGGUUGCUUGAGCGGCUCAAUGGCCGCUCUAGCGGUGAACCCCAUGGACGUGGUCAAGACGCGUCUGCAAACCAUCACCAAGGGCAAGGGCGAGAGGCAAUACUCUGGCAUAGUGGACUGUAUUGUGUCCACUUUGAAGCACGAAGGGCCAACGGCUUUCUUCAAAGGCGGCGCCUGCCGUAUGAUAGUGAUUGCACCACUGUUCGGUAUCGCCCAGGCAGUCUACUACCUCGGCAUCGCCGAAUACAUGCUCGGACAAAAGUAGACCCUCAUACUAGCUAAACUGGAUUCAAGUUAAGUUGAACUACGUAUUGUUUUCAUUAAUCGAUAUUUCAGAAAAACCAACUACAUGCGAAACAAGUAUUAAUUUCGUUUUAACCGAACGGAUGCCGUGCAAAUAUAUUUAUAUCUUCCUAUCGCAAUUUAAAGGUAGAUCCUUAUUUUACAUAAGUAUAAGGUAAACAGUAGUAAAGCAGAUUUAGUCCUAAUUGUUUUUAAAUAAUCAUACACUUAAUCGAAUCCCUGCGAUUUGAAGCCAUAAAACUGCCAAGAGCAAGUAUUCCUGGAUUUUAGAAUAUAGGUAAUUUCUGCCAGUGUCCUUUUAGGGUGCGUUAGGGUGCUUAGAUCUGUACGCACCCUUAGGUUUCUAAAUGACUUCCUGAUUGACAUAUUAUGUGCUAUAGGAGUUAUUACUUUUGUUAUUACAAGGAGCCGGUACUCCGGUCACGAAGUCCAGUAUUAGUGACUUAUAACCUACUUUUAUAACCUACCUAUUGCGUCCCACACUAUCUAUAGAGGUAGAGUAACUACGUAGGACAGAAAUAUCUAUACAAUUUCUACUUUCUACAUUGACUUUCGUAUGAGAGCAAUAUCUAAUGCAAAGAUUUGCAACUUUGCCUUUGAAUGACCAUCACAGUCACUUGUAAGUUGCCUAAAAGUAUGAAGGCAUAACUUUUUAUUAGUGAAACUGAAUGUAGUUUUCACACAAAGCGCUGCAUUUGAUUGGUGAUUAAAUGCAUUUAAUUGGAACAGAAAUCUUUAUCUAGAAUUUUUCCUACAUUUCAUUGGUAAUUUCAAUAAACAAACGAGAUGAAAACAAUGCAUAUAUGAAAUUAUUAGUUAAUAUAUUAGUGA